UAUCUACUCCCAGGCUAGUGCGCCACUUGACGCAUGCGCAGUAGGGCAAUCGGGUGUGUAGUAGCUGCUUUUCCCCCUCCGUCCCGGAAGAGCCGCGCAGUUCUUGGACGUUAAGGGUUCGCGCACCUCAAAGUCGUUUGAGCCGAGCACUUGGAGUCCCCUCGAGCUCGAGUCUGUGAGCAGCCACCAUGUCGAUCUUCACCCCCACCAACCAGAUCCGACUGACCAAUGUGGCCGUGGUGCGGAUGAAGCGGGGAGGGAAGCGCUUCGAAAUCGCCUGCUAUAAAAACAAGGUCGUCGGCUGGCGGAGUGGCGUGGAAAAAGACCUUGAUGAAGUUCUGCAGACCCACUCAGUGUUUGUAAAUGUUUCCAAAGGUCAGGUUGCCAAGAAGGAAGACCUCAUCAGUGCAUUUGGGACAGAUGACCAGACUGAAAUCUGCAAGCAGAUUUUGACUAAAGGAGAAGUUCAAGUGUCAGAUAAAGAACGGCACACACAGCUGGAGCAGAUGUUUAGGGAUAUUGCCACCAUUGUGGCAGACAAGUGUGUGAACCCAGAAACAAAGAGACCUUACACCGUUAUCCUCAUCGAGAGAGCCAUGAAGGACAUCCACUACUCCGUCAAACCCAACAAGAGCACAAAGCAGCAGGCUUUGGAAGUGAUAAAGCAGCUGAAAGAGAAGAUGAAGAUAGAGCGGGCCCACAUGCGAUUGCGCUUUAUCCUGCCAGUGAACGAAGGAAAGAAGCUGAAGGAGAAGCUGAAGCCACUGAUGAAGGUCGUGGAGAGUGAGGACUACAGCCAGCAGCUGGAGAUUGUGUGCCUCAUCGACCCAGGCUGCUUCAGAGAAAUUGAUGAGCUAAUAAAAAAGGAAACCAAAGGCAAGGGGUCUCUUGAAGUGCUCAGUCUGAAGGAUGUGGAGGAAGGAGAUGAGAAGUUUGAAUGACACCGCCCAGCUCCUCAGCUGGAGCACGACCUCAGAUGCUUGUUCCUGACAGCAGCAGCAGCUCUUUCUGUGACCUGCCCAAAGCCCUGCUCAAGCGACGUGCCACUUUCCAUCUGUGUUAAACAUUUGCCCAGGUACCUGGGUAUUUUUGUUGUCAAUUGGGGUUUCCAACAAAAAAGAAAAAUAACCCAAAAUACAGAGUCCAGAACAGCU